CUCUCCCUUGAACAGCUCCUAGAGAGAACAAGGCGUGUGGAGCUCAGAUCACCAGCAUCAUGCUCCUUGGGCUUGGAUCAUAGAUCCCCCUCUUUGAACGGUAAAAUAACUCCUUCGUCCAUCAGCGUCCCAGACAGAUCCUGCGAGAGAACGCACACGUGAGAGAGAAAGAAAAGAAAGAGGAGGAAGAGAAAAAUCUGCGACCAAGUGGACUAAAGCAAAGAGAGUGCUUUGCUUGCACAGCUGCAAAGUGGGAAUUUAAAGAACUGCAGAGAGAGAAAUUCCAGCUCAUCAGCACAUACACAUUGCAGAAUUACAGAUCCAGGUAGAAAUGACAUCAACAGGGAAAGAAGGCAGCGGAGCUCAACAUGCACAAUAUGUUGGACCCUAUCGUUUGGAGAAAACCCUAGGAAAAGGACAGACAGGGCUUGUGAAGUUGGGGGUUCACUGUGUCACAUGUCAGAAGGUCGCGAUAAAAAUUGUCAACAGAGAGAAGCUCAGCGAGUCGGUGCUAAUGAAGGUGGAGCGGGAAAUAGCCAUCCUGAAGUUGAUAGAACAUCCCCACGUUUUAAAGCUGCAUGAUGUUUACGAAAAUAAAAAAUAUUUGUAUUUGGUGCUAGAACACGUGUCAGGUGGGGAGCUCUUUGACUAUCUUGUAAAAAAGGGAAGAUUGACACCAAAAGAAGCCAGGAAGUUCUUCCGACAAAUCAUCUCUGCUUUAGACUUCUGCCAUAGUCAUUCAAUAUGCCACAGGGACUUAAAACCAGAAAACCUACUGCUGGAUGAAAAGAACAACAUCCGGAUAGCAGACUUCGGAAUGGCAUCGCUGCAGGUUGGGGACAGCUUGUUAGAAACCAGUUGUGGAUCACCACAUUAUGCCUGCCCUGAAGUUAUCCGGGGAGAAAAAUACGAUGGAAGGAAAGCAGACGUCUGGAGCUGUGGAGUCAUUUUAUUUGCGUUGCUAGUGGGUGCCCUGCCGUUCGAUGACGACAACUUGAGGCAGCUGUUGGAGAAGGUGAAACGUGGAGUGUUCCACAUGCCACAUUUUAUCCCCCCAGACUGUCAGAACCUCUUGCGGGGGAUGAUUGAAGUGGAUGCCUCGAAACGUCUCACGCUAGAACAUAUUCAGAAACACAUAUGGUAUAUAGGUGGUAAGAAUGAGCCAGAACCAGAGCAACCAAUCCCUCGAAAGGUGCAGAUUCGUUCUCUCCCUUCCUUGGAGGAUAUCGAUCCAGACGUGUUAGAUAGCAUGCACUCAUUAGGCUGCUUCCGUGACCGAAAUAAACUCUUACAGGACUUGUUGUCAGAAGAAGAAAACCAAGAGAAAAUGAUUUACUUUCUUCUGCUUGACCGGAAGGAGAGGUAUCCCAGUCAUGAAGAUGAGGAUCUUCCCCCUAGAAAUGAAAUAGAUCCCCCCCGGAAGCGUGUGGACUCCCCAAUGCUGAACAGGCAUGGGAAGCGGCGGCCAGAAAGGAAGUCGAUGGAGGUUCUCAGCGUGACAGAUGGCGGCUCCCCAGUCCCUGCUCGCAGAGCUAUUGAAAUGGCACAACAUGGACAGAGUAAAACAAUGUUCAGUAAAAGCCUGGAUAUCUCUGAAGCCAAUCCCAAAUUCAACAAAGAAGAAAGGUCUCGGUCAAUCAGCGGAGCAUCAUCUGGCCUCUCCACCAGUCCCCUCAGCAGUCCAAGGGUCACCCCUCACCCCUCUCCAAGGGGAAGUCCCCUCCCUACCCCCAAGGGGACACCUGUCCAUACGCCAAAGGAGAGCCCAGCAGGCACACCCAACCCAACACCACCAUCCAGCCCCAGCAUUGGAGGAAUGCCAUGGAGGACACGGCUCAACUCAAUCAAGAAUAGUUUCCUGGGGUCUCCUCGCUUCCAUCGCCGGAAAUUGCAAGUACCUACACCAGAGGAGAUGUCCAAUUUAACCCCGGAAUCAUCCCCAGAGCUUGCCAAAAAAUCCUGGUUUGGUAACUUCAUCAACCUGGAGAAAGAAGAACAGAUUUUUGUGGUCAUUAAGGACAAACCACUAAGCUCCAUUAAGGCUGAUAUUGUCCACGCUUUCCUCUCGAUUCCAAGCCUCAGUCACAGUGUCAUCUCACAGACAAGUUUCCGUGCAGAAUACAAGUCCACAGGAGGUCCUGCUGUCUUCCAGAAGCCAGUGAAGUUCCAGGUGGACAUAACGUACACAGAAGGGGGAGAGGCGCAGAAGGAGAAUGGGAUUUAUUCUGUCACUUUCACACUCUUAUCAGGUCCAAGCCGUCGUUUUAAGAGGGUAGUAGAAACCAUUCAGGCACAGUUGUUAAGCACACAUGACCAGCCUUCAGUGCAGCAGUUAUCAGGAAUUAUCCCGAAAAGUUAACAUGUCAGCCACGGCUUCACCUUCUGUGCUCUGCGGACACUUGUUGACGGAAGGCAACCGAUGUAGACUGUCCAAGGACCAGUCCUGUUUGAGGUUCCCAGCCUCCCCUCUCCCUUCGGGAAGUGGGUUUCUCCCCCACUUCUCCCCAAACACCUCCCCAAUGCACGCCUUUUUUUUUUUUUUUUCUCUCUCUUUUUUCUUUUUUGGUGCUCCACAAGAGAGAUCUGCUCAGUUAUGGGAUUGCACAGUCUGGGCUGAAAGGAGGUUGCAAAUUGUUGGAGUGAAACCUUUACCCUUGGCAACUUCUGUCCGCGCAGAUGAACACAGCCCGGAGGGGAGGGUGCGGGGAAGGAGAAGGGGUAGCGGGAGCGCAGUGUUUUGCGAAUCCAGAGCGCGUUCUCAUCAGAAACCAGCCAGGAGCAACUCAAAACUAAGCGUUGAACCAAGACAAAAUUGGGGAGCUUCAUCACAGGAUUUUCUUAACCUUCUUUUUCUCCCCACCACCUUUUCCUUUUCUUUUGUCCUCUUUUUUAUAUAUACAUGUAUAUAUGUGUGUAUAUUUUCAUAUAAAUAUACAUACAUACAUACAUAUAUAUAUAUAGACACAGAAUAUUUAUUUUUUUUAUACUGUAUCAUUUUGCUUUUUGACCUGCUGGAAGGGGAAAGGAAUAAAUUUAGGAGGGAGAGGGGGUUCAAUGAAUAAACACAUACAAACAAAACAUUAAACUUAGGGAAAAGGCAACUUCUGGUAGCAAAGAAGAGGGACACGACUCUGCCAAGGACUGUCUCUCCCACCACCAGGCACAGUUGCCGCUGCUGCUACUGCUGUUCCUCCUUCGACACCUUCCUCCCCAUCUGUCAGCUCCCUGCCACUGUGCCACCGUGCUGGGACCUUCUUCCACCAGCUGGAUCCUCCACCACACCCUGCAUUUAGAGGCAAUUGUUGUGUUGCUAGUGCUGCAUUGAUAUCAGUAUUAUUAUUUCUUUAAGUUACCAAUUUCAUUUGUUGGCUUGGGUGAUUUUUUCU